AUGGAAGAAUCAAUUUUAGACAUUAAUUUACCAAUAAUCUUUGAUGAAUCCAUUGCACAUUGUGAAGUGCAUGCGCAACAGCUAUAUACUUCAUCAACAUACAAUAACAGUGACGAAAUCCGAAUUACUGUGCAAAAUCAAGACCAUUGUCUUCUUCCGAGCAAAAGUUCAAUUCAUAUAAGCGGAAAACUUGUUAAACUUGAUGGAACAGCUGUAGCAAACACAAAUUUGAUUUGCAAUGGUGUGUGCAAUUUAUUUGAAGAACUUAAGUAUGAACUUAAUGGAGUGGAAAUUGACAAAAAUAAAAAUGUAGGCCUUACAAGUCUAAUGAAAAGUUAUGUUUCUCUUAAUGCUACUCAAAAUAAAUUACUUGAAAAUGUUGGUUGGUUAGAAGUGAAUAAUGAUGAAUCAACAUUAACAAAUGCACAUGGAUACUUUGACAUUAGUGUACCUUUAAGCAUGCUAUUUGGUUUUGCUGAAGAUUACCAAAAAGUUAUUGUUAAUGCUAAACAUGAACUCAUUCUUACGAGAGCGAGGAAUGAUAACAAUGCAGUCGUUCAAACAGCACCUCUAGAAGAAUUUAAAAUUGUUAUUGAAAAAAUUGAAUGGCUAUUGCCUUACAUAAAAUUAACUUGGGAAUUAUACGAAUAUACUUUAUUACCAGCUACUCCAAAGCAUAUUUGGAGUGUAAAAACUUCAACUCAAUUAGAAAAACCUAGAUUUGUUAUAUUAGGUUUUCAAAGAAAUCGGAAAAAUAAUACAGCCUUGAAUUCAAGUCAUUUUGAUCAUUGUACAAUAUCAGAUGUCAAGUUAUAUUUAAAUGCACAAUGUUAUCCAUAUGGUAAUAUGAAUUUAAAUAUUGAUCAAAAUCAAUACUCUACUCUUUAUGAAAUGUUCACUAAUUUCCAAGCUUCUUAUUAUGGUAAAGAAACACAACCUUUAUUAACAAAAAAGGAAUUUUUACAAUAUGCACCUUUAAUUGUCAUAGACUGCUCGAAGCAAAACGAAUCAUUAGAAAAUGGUCCAGUAGAUAUACGAUUAGAAUUUGAAGCAAAAGAUAAUUUUCCUGCACAUACUUCAGCUUAUUGUUUAAUUUUACAUGAUCGUAUAGUGGAAUAUAAGCCAAUAAGUGGAAUUGUGAAAAAAAUUGUUUAA